CUUUCCUGCCACGCACAUUGCUUCUCUUCCCUCCUCUUCCUACGUCCCAAAUAUGCUGACCAAAAUGAGGAGGGAGAAGUCGAUGCCAACCCAUUAGUUCUUCUCUCCCACGUCGGGAGAGGUGCCACCUAUUGUGUAGCGCCACCCACCCCAUGGCGUCGCCGAGGCAGUGGUGGCGCCGCGCCACGGCGACCGCCAAGGACAGGUGGAGCAUCUACGUGACCAGGAUGGGGGGCGCACGCCACCGCCACCACCUGCACCGGCGCAGCCCCGAGGUGGAAGCGGCGGUGAUCCGGGCGACCAGCCAUGACGACCGGUCGGUGGAUUACAAGAGCGCAGGGCGCGUCUUCACGUGGGCCCGCGGCGCCCCCUCGUCGCUCCUGCCGCCGCUCAUGUGGUCCGUGGCCAGUCGCGCCUCCCGCACCCGCUCGUGGAUCGUCGCCCUCAAGUGCCUCCUCCUCGCCCACGGCCUACUCCUCUGCUCCGACGACGCGUCGCCCUCUGCCCACGUCGGUCGCCUACCCUUCGACCUCUCCGACUUCCGCGGCCGCUCCUCCACCUCCCCCGGCUUCUCUGCGUUUGUCCGCGCCUACUACCGCUUCGUCGACCGCCGAUCCUUCUUCUCCGCCCUCACCGGCUCUGCCUCCCCCUCCCCCUCCCCCUCCCAGGCCGCUUCAGGCGCAGGCGACCAAGACGACGACCUCGAGCAGCUGGAGCGCCUCCAGGUCCUCCUAGACCUCUUGAUGCAGAUCCGGCCCUACGCUGACGGCAUGGAGGUGAGCCUCGUCCUCGAGGCCAUGGAUUGCGUCGUCAUCGAAAUCUUCGAGGUCUACAGCAGCAUCUGCAGCGGCAUCGCCCAAUUCCUGGUCGGCAUUCUAGGCCCCGAUCAAUACGGAGCGGCGACGGAAGCGAGGAGACGGCGGGGGCGGGUGGGGAUGCGUAUCCUGAAGCGGGCAGCGGCACAGAACUCCCAGCUGUCGUCCUACUUCGAUCUCUGCCGCGCCCUGCGCGUGCUCAACGCAGCGGAGCUCCCUCCCGUGGAGGGUAUCCCGGAGAAGGACAUGGAAGACCUCGAGCGGCUGGUGCUCGGCGGCACUACCGGAGGCGACGAGGAGGCAGCGGCGGUGGCAGUGGCGAGGAACGGAGGAGGAAGGCCAGAGCGGGAAGUGCAGGGGAAGAAGUCGGAGGGGCAUUUCGGGACAGUGAUCACGAUGGAGUGGGUGGUGUUCGAAGAUGAGGCUCAUUGUGGGAAGGAAGGGCGGGGCCAUUUCGGGCACUCUACUUCCCGCUCUCCGGAUAACAUCUGUCCGUCCACGUUAUGGGCCCAGCGGGAUUGGCAAUCUCAUCCGUCUGAUCUGUCCUCGUCUAUUUUAAUCUAAUUACAUGUAUUACAAUCUUUGGUUUUCUUAAUCUUUCUUCCUCUAGUUGUUUAUUAAGCCCCUAAUCAACUAAUCCAUGUAUAUUACCGAGAGGGGAGUCUCCUAAUGCCGUCACAGCCUCUUGUUUUCCCCUCGUCUUGAGGUG